AUGCCUGCUACUCAGACCGCCUAUGGCUUCGAAAGAGGGAAAAAGAAGAUCCAGCGUUGGGACAACUGCCCAAUCCCCACGCCUGGCCCUAAUGAAGUGUUGCUUAAGAUCACUGCUGCUGGUAUCUGCCAUUCAGACAUUCAUAUUCUCCUUGCCCAGUCGCCUCCAACUGACCGUAUGGUGAUGGGCCACGAGGUGUGUGGUACUAUUGCCGAGGUUGGCCUGGCGCUUACGGACUCGCCGUUUGAAAUUGGUGGAAGGUACGCCUUGUUGAUUGGAAUGGCCUGUGGCUUGUGUGACAACUGUCGUAACGGUAAAGAUAACCAGUGCCCUAAGGCUACUGGAGGAUUUGGAAUCAUGAGCGAUGGUGGGUUCCAGGAGUACCUUGUGGUGAGCCAAUUGCGUUGUUUGCUUCCAAUUCCAGAUAACGUUUCGUUUGCACAGGCUGCGCUGGCCUCAGAUGCCAUUCUUACGCCGUUCCACGCUAUCAAGAAGGUUCGCCAUGUUCUUACCCCAACCGCUAAGGUGUUGGUGUUUGGCGCUGGUGGUUUGGGACUUAACGCUCUUCAGAUCUUGCGUAACUAUGGUUGUCACAUUGUGUGUAUUGACAAGAAGGCUUCCAGUGAAAAACUCGCUUUGGAAUCUGGAGCUCAUGAGUUUUACUCUGACACUGAAGAAUUGGGCGGUGUGGAGACUUUUGAUGUUUGUUUCGACUUUGUCGGUUACCAGGCUACUGCUGCUGAGUGUGCAGAGUACGUUGGUAGGUAUGGCCACAUUGUCGUGGUUGGAAUGGGUAACUCCAAGUUGAUGUUGCCAAACUAUGACUUAUCCAGACGUGACGUGACGAUCCAUUACAACUUUGGCGGUACAUCUGCCGAACAGAUGGAGAUUUUCGACUGGAUCUCGCGUGGACUCUUGAACCCUAUCGUGCAAGAGGCGCCUAUGGAGGAGUUACCUGAAUGGAUGGAGAAAUUGGAAAGGGGAGAAGUUGUGGGUAGAGUUGUGAUGGUGCCAGGACAGAAACAGAAAUUGUGA